ACCCCGCCGCCACUUUCCACCUCCCCUCCCUGGUUGAUUUUUUUCUUUUUUAACCGUGUCUGCACAUUUUUGGGGGAUACUGGACGCCAUGUUGUGGAAACUAGCAGACAAUGUCAAGUACGAAGAGGACUGCGAGGACCGCCACGAUGGGAGCAGCAAUGGAAAUCCCAGACUACCCCACCUCUCCGCUGUCAGCCAGCACUUGUACAGCCCGGCUCCCCCGCUCUCUCACUCGGGGACCUCCGAUUUCCAACCCCCUUACUUCCCUCCCCCCUACCAGCCUCUGCCUUACUCUCAGUCCAGCGACCCUUAUGCACACCUCGGGGAUCCUUUCUCCAUCAACCCACUCCACCAACCGCCUCCGCCUCCUCCCAGCCAGCAGCAGACCAGCUGGCCCAGCCGUCAGACCAGCCAAGACCCUUCGAGCCUGUCCCACCACGCCCGGCCCGGUCUGGUCCCCCAUCUCUCUGCUCUGGAAAGCGGCUCUGCUGGGGCGAGGAGGGAAACGUACAGGCGGUCUGAGCUGCUCCUGUCCCACGGCCACGGUCUCGACGCCUCCAGCCUGGCGGAAAAUCUCGGCCUGCACGAUAUGACACAACAGAUGGAAGAGGUCCAGAAUGUGGAAGACCAACAUUUAUUAAUGCAUGACCAGACAGUCAUUAGAAAAGGUCCCAUUUCAUUAACGAAAAACAAUGCGUUAGGUCUCCCUUGCCAGAAGGACGGGCUCAUCGGAGUGGUGAUCAACCCCAACGAAGUGUUCUGCUCAGUCCCUGGACGGCUUUCUCUCCUGAGCUCCACGUCAAAGUACAAAGUGACGGUAGCCGAAGUUCAAAGGCGGCUCUCCCCUCCGGAAUGUCUUAAUGCCUCUUUGCUCGGAGGAGUUCUCAGAAGAGCCAAAUCUAAAAACGGGGGCCGCUCAUUAAGGGAGAAGCUGGACAAAAUUGGCUUGAAUCUUCCUGCUGGCAGAAGGAAAGCUGCAAACGUGACGUUACUGACAUCAUUGGUGGAAGGUGAGGCCGUGCACCUUGCCCGUGACUUCGGCUAUGUCUGCGAGACAGAAUUUCCUUCGAAAGCAGUGGCUGAAUACUUAACCCGGCCACAUUUGGGGCGCAAUGAGAUGGCAAACAGGAAGAACAUGCUGCUCGCUGCAAAACAGAUCUGCAAAGAAUUCACCGACCUCCUCACUCAGGACAGAACCCCUCUUGGGAACGCAAGGCCGAGCCCGAUCUUGGACCCUGGCAUCCAGGGCUGCUUGACUCACUUCAGCCUCAUCACGCAUGGCUUCGGGAGCGCCGCCAUCUGCGCCGCCAUGACGUCCGUCCAGAACUACCUGAACGAAGCCCUAAAAAUUGCAGACAAAACGUACAUGAACGCAGGGGACCAGAGUCCCGCAGAAACCAACAAAAGCAUCGAGAAGAUGGAUAAGCAUCGGAAGUGAGUGCGCGAGAAAGGAGCCAGUCUUUCUAAACCGUUCUCCCAAAUAUAGGACUUUAAAAAAAAAAGAUUUUCACGCCUGAGGGGCGUGUAGAAAUCUGUCACAAAACUUUGGGGUGUUUUUUUUUUAAUUGUUUUUGUUGAAAGCCUCCUGGUUUUGGAUCCUCCGUGAGAUACAUCUCUCUCUCUCUCUCUUUCUCUAAAGCUGCUGUUAUCCAUUCAUUGUGGGACCAGGUACCAGAAGGUAACAUGGACUCGAGCUUUGUUUUUAAGCAGUACAAAGUGUGGUGCUAUCUGGGGAGGGUGGGGGGGAAAGGGAAGAAGUUAAUGCGGUGUUUCGAGAUGCUGCGGGAGGAGAUCCAUCCCGUCUUCUGUGCGCACUUGUCUGCCUCUCAUAUCGACUACAUCCAGCAGGGCCCUGCACAUGCAGGCGACUCGUGGAACAUGGCAAACACGAUGACUACAUGGGACAUGCGCACGGAUUGCCCUCUCUGGACCAUACUUAGGUGCAUUGCAGAGCCCUAUGUGCACUUAGCUGGGGGCGGAGGGAGGAGUUAAAGGGGCUUUGUCAAGCCCUGCGUGGGGCUGUGAGUAGAGGGGUGGAUGGUUCGUGCCCAUUCAGCUUUUGUUUCAGAAGACCCUCAAGCUUCUGACCAGCUGGGAUGCUUCCGGCUCUCAAAACGUUUCAGGAUGCUAUCUGGAAGCCAGCCGUAGCACAGAGUAACAGUAGUAACCCCAGGGUCUCUGAACUUCUGGCAAAAUGCCCGGGACUUGUAACCUAAUUGAAAUAUCCUAGGAGACGCUUAAUGUAAAAAUUACUUCUUUUUUUAAAAAAAAUUAUCUGGUGGUAUUUUGAACGCUUCUUGUGGAUCCCGGUGAGAGAGCUUUAGACUUCUGAGCCCGAUCCAGGAAACGUUGCUACAACAUACCUGAAUGGAAGCGAGGUUUGGGGCAAGACUUCAAUGAACUUGGCAGGAUUGAAGUGGAAAGUGGCAAGGCUUUUGAUGCAAGGAUGCAACACCCCCCCCAGCCCCCAGUUAAAAGGGGAAAAAAAGUUUUAGAAACUGACAUCCACUUUAAAAAAAUCCAGGAUACUGCAGGAUACUGCAGCUUUAUACACUAUCUGUGUUUUUAAAAUGGGAAGAAAACUUGAAAAGCAUAGGCACAUAAUUUUUUAAUGACUUUUUGUUUUUGCCUACACAGGCCAAAAAAUUAUAUAUAAAUAUAUAAAUAUAUCUAUCUAUCCAGGGAAGUUUUAUGUGUAUAAGGGAAAGCGAGUGUGUUGAAUGUACAUACUUAUUUAUGUUGUAAUUUAAUGGGAUUUGUAAAUAAUGGUGAACUUUUUAAUACUUUUUUUUUAUAAAUGGGCUUCGCAUUUAAUUUCCCCCCCCCAAAAAAGGUAAUGGGUAAAGUUCGGUAUAUUGCUAAGUUUAUGCACAGGUCAGUUUAUGCUGGGUAUUUAAGACUUUUUACAAAAAAAAAAAGUGUCUCUAUUCUUUCCACUGAAGAUUAGAUAGAAUCUGAGGUGUUUGUCGACAAAGCAAUAACUUUGUGUAUUAGUAGCAAUCUGAAAUGAGUGUGUGAGGUAUGGUAUGUCUGCGGGGAGGGGGGGCAAGAAAUCAUGAAAGACGUACAAUCCCGCCCUCCC